GGCGCCCGCUUGGAGAAAGAAGCCGCCACCGCGCUUGGCGCAAGGAAGGGGAAGACCAGCCGCUGCUGGGCGCUCGCUCGCUUUUCGCUGCCUAGCCGGGACUCGCCUCUCCGACUCAGCCAGCCAACCAACCAACCCGGAUUCCUGCAGGAUCCCGAAAGGAGAUCUACUCCCUCCUCCACCGAUCUCCCUGCCCGGGAGCCGGGAGGGAAAGCUGGAGAACCGGGGUGGGUGGGGGGAUCUGAUGCUUUGCUGGAUGGUGCCCCGGCAAAAAAACAACAACAACCACCCCGCCACGAGUUUGCAACCGAGGAAAAAUCCCGCGGGGGGCUUCUCGUCUUCCAUCCAUCCCAUCUAUCCAUCCGACCGACUCUCCCCUCCUUGGCUCGGCUAAGCGAUGGAUUGCCCGGCAGCGCUUCUUCUCUCGUCCUUGGCUCUCUUCGCUCUCUUGCCCCGCGAGGCUGAAGGUACAUGUUUCUACCAAGGCUUAUCGUUUGAGAACAACACGCUUUGGAAGCCGGACUCGUGCCAAGAGUGUGGUUGCCAUGGCGACGUCGUCCUGUGCGAAGCCGCGGCGUGCAGAGACCCUCGCUGCAACUUUGAGAAGGAGGAAAUACUUCAAAUAUCACCCAGCUCUUGCUGCCCGGAGUGUGCUGAACGAACGGAAGGGUUCUGUGAGUACGAAGGACAACUCAGAGAACCUAACGCUGAAUGGGCCAGUUCAGAAUGCAGGACUUGCUCCUGUGCUAACGGAGGGGUUACUUGUGCCCCCAAACGCUGCUCUGCUCUUUCUUGCGAGGACAAUGAAGUGGAAGAUAUCGGUCUGGGAGAAUGCUGUCCCAAGUGUGUAAGCAGAAAAGACUCAUGUUCUUUCGACGGCGAAAUAAUCCCGAACAGGAAAGUAUGGCGGCUGAGCCCGUGUGCCAAAUGCGUCUGUCGGGAUGGCUCUCUGCGGUGCUUCACCGUUUCUUGUCCACCUGCAUUCUGUAAUGCGGAUGAAAGUCUCAUCGUACCAGCUGGAAAAUGUUGUCCAGAAUGUGCUCGAAAACCCUGCUUUGCAUUUGGGACCUUAUACCAGCAUGGUGAAGAGUGGAAGAAGGAUGCGUGUACCGCCUGCGUAUGUGAUGCAGGAGAAUCCAGGUGCUUUACAAAGAGCUGCCUCCCACUGAAUUGUCGGCAGGAGGAGACCAAAGUGCGGCGCCCUGGGAAAUGUUGUGAAGAGUGUGUCCUUUCCGAGGGCAGCUGUGUACACAACGACACCCUCAAGUACCACAGUGACAUGUGGCAUGAUACGGACUGUAACUUCUGCACCUGUGAUGGAGGACGGGUUGCUUGUCGGAAGGCAAAGUGUGCCAGAGUGGACUGUGGCCAGGGUGAAGAAUUAUCUCAUUUACCAGGCAAGUGUUGCCCUGAAUGCAUUUCAAGAGGGGGUCCCUGUAUUUACAAAGAAUCUACCAAAGACAGUGGUGAAAAAUGGAAGGAAGGCCUGUGCCGUGAAUGCGAAUGUUUGGACUCCAAAAUAAACUGCUAUUCUCGGUCUUGUCCGACAUGUCCCCCAGGAAGUGUGGCUGUUGCCGUGCAGGGGGAGUGUUGCCCUCAAUGCAAGCCAGGUCACUGCCACUCUGACUGCUUGACCUGUACCCGGGCGUUUGAUCACUGCGAUGCCUGCCGAGAGUCCACCAAGUUUCUCCUGAAUGGGCGUUGCGUUGACAGCUGUGGGGUUGGCUUCUAUCCAGACGCUGGCCUUUGCGUAGCUUGUAAAGAGACAUGCUCAACUUGCACUAAUAAAUUUGGAUGUACUUCCUGCCAAGCUUCGCUGCAUUUGAAGGAUGCCCGGUGCGUGACGUCAUGUGGGGAAGGGUUUUUCCCGGGACCUCUCCAAUGCACAGGUUGUCACGAAUCCUGCGCUACGUGCCGGGGUCCGACUGCAAACAACUGCUCCACCUGCCGAGACCCGUCUCUCGUGUUACUGGAAGGCACGUGCGUGGCUAAUUGCGGGCAGCGGUUCUACGUUACGGAUGGAGUUUGCAGAGCUUGCAGGGAUGGUUGUGAUAGGUGUUACCUGGACCGGCUGAGAUGCUUCUCCUGUGCUUCAGGCCGAGUUCUGCUGGAUGGCAACUGCCUGUCAGAAUGUCCCCAUGGCUACUACGCGGAUGGUUCCCGCAAAUGCAGAGUUUGCCACAAUUCCUGCACCAGCUGCGCAGGACCUUUGCCCACUCAGUGUACCUCCUGCUCCUUCCCCCAGGCCUUCUACCAGGGCCAGUGUCUCGUCACUUGUGGAGAGGGCUUUUAUCAGCACCACAACCUUUGUAAAGGUUGCCAUUCAUCCUGCAGGGCGUGUGUUGGCCCAGAACAUUCACACUGUAUGCAAUGCAUGAACCCAGAGGAGAAGCUUCAACCACACCUGAGCCUUGAGGAGAGGCCCGUCGGCACCUGCUUGCCUCGGUGCAGAACCCAGUUCUACAGUAACGAAGACGGGAUUUGCAAAGCGUGCCACUCUUCCUGCCUUUCUUGCACCGGAGGGUCUCCCGAGAACUGCACCAUUUGUGCCUCUCCUCAAGUCUUUCAUGAAGGACGCUGCAGCUCUGAGUGUCCAGAAGGAUGGUAUCAUCAAGAAGGCCGUUGCUAUGCCUGCCAUCCUUCUUGCAAGACGUGCAGCGGGGCUGAGGAUGAUGAAUGCACAGCUUGUCACCCCCACGUCUCUUUCCUCAACGGAAGAUGCAGAACUCCCUGCAAGAGCGAGCAAUAUCUCAAUCUGGUAGGAUACUGUGCGGGUUGCCAUCCGCUUUGUGAGUUGUGCGUGGCAGAUCUCCAUGCCGACAGAGGAAGCACCUGUCUGAGGUGCCGCGACAUUCAUCACCUGCUUCUGGAGGACCGCUGCGUGCCAGCCUGCCCUGUGGGUUUUUACCAACUCGGAGGAGAGUGUCAGAAGUGCCAUCCUUCCUGUAAAACCUGUACAGGAGGAGGCCCAUUUUCCUGCACUUCUUGUGAUCCCAGCCUCGUCCUUUCUCACACUGGUUCAUGCUUCUCGGCCUGUUCCCUGGGAUACUAUCAGGAUGAGAACCUUCAUUGCAAACCUUGCAGCGACUCGUGUCUGACUUGUGAUUCGAGAUCCCACUGUACUUCUUGCAAAGACCCAUCCAAAGUGCUACUGUUUGGAGAGUGCCAGUAUGAUAAAUGUCCGUCGCAGUAUUUCCUUGACGUGUCUACCAGGACUUGCAAAGAGUGCGACUGGAGCUGCAACAUUUGCCAUGGUCCCAACCGUACGGAUUGCCUGCAGUGCAUGGAGGGAUAUUUUCUCCAGCAAGGAGCCUGCGUCGAGCAUUGUCUGCCGGCAUUUUUUAGGGAAUCUGAAACGUGUCAAAGAUGCGAUGAUGACCACUGCCUCCAGUGUGACGGGCCGGGGAAAUGCGUACGCUGCCAGGCUCCCUUCCUGCUCCUGGAUUCCCAGUGCGUCUUGUCUUGUGGAAAGCGGUACUAUGGAGACCACGGAGGGCAGAUAUGCCUAGCUUGCCCCGAGGGAUGCUUGGAGUGUGACGGUUCCACCAGAUGCCGAGUUUGUGAUUCCACUACAUUCCUUCAGAAAGGCCUUUGUGUGGCUGACUGUGGGCGUGGCGUCUACAAUGACCCCCGAAAUCGGCAGUGCAAAUCCCCUGGGCCUGCUCCUGGGUUCAAGGCCAAGACCCUCCUCUUGGUAGGAAUUGGUGGGCUGAAACUACUAGAUGGUUCCUUGCUGGAAGUAGAAAACCUAGAGAACUAUCGAGAAGGCUUCCUCUUUCGCGUGGCAACCCUUCCCACCAACGGCAGGCUGGUAGUCCUGGCUGAAGGCAAAGAAAGAGAACAGGACCAUUUCACCUGGGAAGACGUGAAGGAGCAGCGCGUUUUCUUUGUCCACGACAAAAUGAAAUCCAGGAAUGGCCAGUUUUUCCUGACGCUCAGCUAUCAAGAAUCCACAUCUGAACCAGUAAUGUUCACUGUUCGAGCUCUUUCAACACAGGCUCCUUACGUCCUCAAGAACGAAGUCCUCUUGGUUAGCAAAGGGGAUGCUGGAACCAUCACCAACCACUUGCUUGAUGUCCAGGAUAGGGAUAAUCCUCAAGAUGUGACGGUGACCGUUUUAGACCCUCCAAAACAUGGGCAAUUGGUCAAGCUUUCAGGAAACGGCCCUUUGACUCUGCAGGUGUUCAGCCUCGCUGAACUUUCAGGAGGAUUUGUGCAUUACAUUCAUGACGGAUCUAACAGUUUGGAAGACAUGGCGGUUCUGCAAGUCAGCGAUGGGUACCACUUUCAGAAUAUACUCUUCCGCAUCAAGAUGGAUCUAAAGGGCAGCAGCAUUCCUCGCCUGGUUAUCAGCUCUACCGUUUGGGUCCCGGAGAGAGGCAUGCAGCAAAUCACCAAAAAAAAUCUGCAAGCCGAGAUGUUUGGGGCCAGGGAUUCUGCGAUCAUCUAUACAAUCAGGGACAAGCCACAAUACGGUGAAGUGGUGUUUCUGGUUCCCAUGCCUGCCGAUGAUGCUGGAUUAGGAUGGCAGCCUUUGGCCACUGGAGGUAGAGCCACCCCAACAACCACGUUCACCCAACAGGACAUCAACGAAGGUGUCAUUUGGUACAGACACUCUGGAGCCGAGACGGAGAGUGACUCAUUCCGCUUCCAGGUCUCUGGUGCAGGUUUUCCACAGAGCCAUCUUGAGACCCACCUGUUCAACAUUGCCAUCUUACCACCUCACCUGGCGUCACCUGUGUCCUCCGCCAGAUCUUCUUUUCACAUGACGGCACUAGAAGAUCGUGUGACACCUAUUCAACCCCAUCAGCUAUCCUUUGUCAACUCGCAAACUCCAAGUGAAGAAAUCACGUACAACGUGACUGUCCUGUUGCCUCCAAAUCAAGGCAUAGUGGAACACAGAGAUAAACCAUUCUUCCCGGUAGCCUCUUUUACCCAAACUGACAUCAACACUGGCAAAAUUGUCUAUCGUCCACCUAGUGCUGCAUCGCACAUUAAGGAGCUGAUGGAAUUCUCCUUUGCUGGUCUUCCAGAAUCGAUUAACUUUCGUUUUACAGUGUCGGAUGGAGAACAUGUAAGUCCUGAGAUGGCCUUUACCAUCCACUUACUUUCCACGGAUGUAGAGCCUCCGUUGUUCCAGAUUACUGCUCCGGUGCUUGAGGUCAGCCAAGGAGGCAGAGCUGCCAUUGGAAUAAAACUGACACUGAGUGAUGGGCCCAUUGCUGCUGAGGAUCUCUUCUUUGAAGUGGUAGAACCUCCUCACCACGGAGCUCUCCUCAGACACGGUUCCGGAUUCCCAGUCUACAUGGCAACAGGUGAUAGUUUCACCUAUGAGGAAAUCACCAGGAACGCCUUGCAUUAUCUUCACGAUGGCUCAUCCUCGAGAGAAGACAGCGUGGAAAUUUCAGUCACUGACGGCACUACCAAAGACCUCGUUUUGCUCAAAGUGGAAGUAACUCCAGUGAACAUUAAUGGGCCAAGGUUGGAUCCUAGCUGCUCGUUGAGUAUCACUGUGGCCGGUAAAAACUCUGUGAUCAUCACUCGAUCCCACUUUGCUUAUAUUGAUAACAAUUCCCCAGAUUCUGAGAUAAGGAUUCAGCUAAUUUCUCUUCCUGUGUACGGCAGUCUUAUGCGGACGGCCUCUGGCCGGCAACCAGAUGAGUCUUCGGAGGUCUAUAAUUUCACAAUGGAAGACAUUAACCAUCAAAGAAUCAGAUAUUUCACCGAGCUUGAAACUGUUUUUGAUCAGCCAAUCACCGAUGUCUUCUACUUCUCUGUGUUCGAUGCGGACAACAACCAGCUCGAUAGCCAGAUGUUUACCGUUACUAUCACAGCAGCCCAAAGUGUGCCUCCGGUUGUUACCUUUUCUGACCAAAUUACGGUAGAAGAAGGGGGGCGAACACCACUUCAGCCUCACCACACCCUUGGCCUGGAAGGGGGCCUUGCUGAAGAAGGCCUGGUUGUAAAAAUCACAAGUCCUCCAAAAUACGGGUACAUUGAAAACACCAGGACAGGCAGACGGCUUGGUUUUGGAAACGCCGAAAGUUCUGAUUUUUCUUUCUCACUUCAAGAUGUGUUGGAGAACCGUAUUUAUUAUUUUCAGAAUGUCCAUGAAAGUAUUGAACCGUCGAUGGACAGCUUUGGUUUUUAUAUCAGUGAUGGCUUCAGCCAAUCAGAAAUCAGCAGUGUCAACAUUACUAUUAAGCGCCUGAAUGAUGAGCCACCUCAGGUAAAGGUGAGCCCUAUCAGCGUGCAUGAAAACACGGCAGUCGUGAUUCGGAAUUCCUCCUUGAAGCUAAGGGACUUGGACACUCCUAAUGACCUUCUGGUUUUCAUGGUAACCAACGCACCCGUUCAUGGAUACCUGUACCGAAGGGAAUCUCCUCAGCAUUCUCUGGAGAAUGGACAAGCUCUCUCGGAGGGAUCCACUUUCACCUACCAGGAGGUCCUGGAGGAACUGAUCGUUUAUAAAUUGAACAGUUUGGUAGCCCAAAGGGACGAGUUCCAAUUUUCACUCUCAGAUGGCCUCCACACUGAGACAGGGAAAGUGGAGUUUGCAGUAGCCUCACCAAGGAGGGACCUUCCCAGAUUAAUCGUGAACAAAGGCCUACAACUCCUUGCUGGCUCUGUGGCAGUCAUUACAAACCAGCAUUUAAGAGCCACAGGUCCUGAUUCAGGUGACCUGUCUAUCAAAUACAUCAUGAAGAAGGACCCAACCUAUGGAUUGUUGCACCUGCAUGAAAGAGAUUCUUUGAUGCAGAUCUCCGCUCGGGGACCAGCCAAAAGCUUCACCCAGGCAGAUAUAAACAAAGGACAAGUCAAAUACAGCCACGAGAAAGGAGAACCAGUUGGGACAUUUUUUUUUGUUUUUGAUGUGACAGAUGGAGAGAGAAACAGACUGGCAGACUUGGAAUUUUCAAUCAACGUAACAGAGGAUCGAUUUCCUUUGUCCGUCACUGUCAACACUGGGCUAACCCUGGACGAAAACUCGGUGAGAAAAAUCACCCCUUUGGAACUGUCAGCUAAGAAGCAGAGUGGAGACUCCAGCGAUCUCCUCUACAGGAUUAUUAAACAGCCCCAGCUGGGACGCUUGGAACACACAACAUUACCAGGCAGAAGGAUUAGCUCCUUCCAACAAGAAGACCUUAUCUCCCACAGCCUCCAGUACAUCCAUACAAGCGAGGCUGAGGAAUACACUGAUGCAUUCACGUUCACCGUUUCGGAUGGCCGUCAGGAGGUGACCCAGAAUUUUGAAAUCACCAUUAACCCGGUUGACGAUUCUUUGCCGGUGGUGCAGACCGCGGGCACGACUGUGCAGGAAGGAGUGAGGAAAACCAUCACGGAAUUUGAUCUCAAAGCCACCGACGCGGACACAGAGGCCAAGUCUGUUACCUUUAGCAUUGUGCAGCCCCCACGCCAUGGCCAGCUGGAGCGCACCCAUGAUGGACAUCAUUACCAACAGGCCCAUGCCUUUUCCAUGGAGGACGUCUUCCAGAACCGAAUCAGUUACAGCCACGACGGAAGCAAUUUUUUAGAAGACCGUUUCACUUUCACGGUGUCCGAUGGAACCAAUCCCUUUUUUGUGGUGGCAAAGGAGGGGAAAGAGAUUGUGACUGCUGUACCUCAGUGGUUCAGAGUAGAAAUUCUCCCUGUGGAUGAUGGGACUCCAAGAGUUGUCACUAAUUUAGGUCUUCAAUGGUUGGAAUAUAUGAAUGGCAAGCCAAAAAACCUCAUCACUAAGAAGGAGCUGUUGACUAUGGACCCUGAUACAGAAGACAACCUCCUGAUCUAUGAAAUAACAACGGGGCCCAAAUAUGGUUACGUGGAGAGGAAAUUGCAGCCAGGAACGAUGGUGACUACCUUUACGCAAGAGGACGUGAAUUUGGGAUUGAUCCAGUAUGUGCUACAUGAAGAGAAUAUUCAAAGGACGGAAGAUAGUUUUCAGUUUCUGGUGAAGGACAGCAAGCCCAGCAUUGUCGCUGAUAAUAUCUUCCAUAUUCAGUGGUCUGUUAUCAGCUUUCAACAUAUGAGCUACAACAUCAGUGAAAAGGCCGGUUCCAUCAGUGUGGCUGUGAGGAGGGCAGGAAACCUCAAACAAUACGCUAUUGUCCUGUGCCGUACAGAACAAGGAACGGCCACCUCUGAUUCAAGUUCUCAACCAGGGGAGCAGGAUUACCUUGAAUACGCUAGCCAGGUGCAGUUCGAUGAAUGGGAAGACCUCAAAACUUGCACCAUUGUUAUCCACGAUGACGGCAUCUUUGAGGGCGUAGAGAGCUUCACCAUUGAGCUGAGUAUGCCAGCGUAUGCCUUGCUGGGCAACAUCACUGCGACCCAAGUCUUCAUUGAUGACGUAGAAGAUGAGCCCACCCUGCAGUUUGACAAGAAGGUCUACCACACCAGUGAGAGUGCCGGCAUCCUCUCUGUACCCAUUGAAAGGAAAGGAGAUUCUAGCAGCAUCGUCUCUGCCAUUUGCUACACCGUCUCUCAAAGUGCCCAAGGCAGCAGCAUGUAUGCCCUGGAGUCCGGCUCAGAUUUUAAAUCCCGGGGAUUGUCCAAUGAGAACCGGGUCGUCCUGGGGCCCGGUAUCACAAUGACAACUUGUGACGUGAAGCUGGUUGAUGACAGCGAGUACGAAGAAGAGGAAGAAUUUGAAAUUGCUCUGAUCGAUGUAUCUGAGAACGCUCGGCUUGGGAGCAUCACUUCCGCUAAAGUUACGAUCGACGGUCCCAACGAUGCUUCAACGGUAUCGCUCGGAAGUGCAGCUUUUAGCGUUAGCGAGGAAGCAGGGAUUAUCGAAAUCCCAAUUACGAGGCACGGGUCUGAUCUCUCCAUUCCUACCUCGGUCUGGUGCGCCACUCGGACAUCAGAUCCGCCAUCUGCUACUCCGGGAUUUGAUUACAUUCCCAGCUCCAAGAAGGUUGAAUUUCAUCCAGGGAGAACUGAAGAGUAUUGCACCUUGACUAUUCUGGACGAUGCUCAGUCCCCAGUGAUUGAAGGGGUGGAAACCUUUGUGGUCUAUUUGAGUUCUCCUCAAGGAGCAGAGCUGGCCAAACCUUUCCAAGCAGUGGUGGCUAUCAACGACACCUUCCAGGAUGUUCCAAACAUGAAGUUCAGUAAAGACGUCUACUCUGUGAAAGAGAAGGACCAUGUCCUACAUGUUCCUGUUAUCCGUACUGGGGACUUAAGCUACGAAUCUUCAGUCAGGUGCCAUACUCAGAGUCAGACCGCAAGAGUCAUGGAGGAUUUUGAAGAAAGGAGAAAUGCUGAAGAAUCACGGAUCACAUUUUUGAAAGGGGAGAAGGUAAAGAACUGCACUAUUAUUAUAAAUGAUGACUCUGCCUUUGAACCGGAAGAGAGAUUCCGAGUAUAUCUGAGUGAACCCGAAGGCAACCACUGGAGUGGGGCUACCGUUGGGAAAAGCAACAUGGCUACUGUAGUUAUUUCCAACGAUGAAGAUGCUCCCACCAUCGAGUUUGAAGAAGCCGGGUACCAGGUCCGUGAACCUCCUGGUCCAGAAGGCGUUGGCUUCUUAAAUGUCAAAGUGAUCCGGAGAGGAGAUCAAAACAGGACCUCGAAAGUUCGCUGCAGCACCCGGGAUGGCUCAGCCCAAUCUGGAAUCGAUUAUUACCCGAAGAGCCGAGUUCUCAAGUUUAGCCCUGGUGUGGAUCACGUUUUCUUUAAGGUGGAGAUCAUGUCCAAUGAAGACCGGGAGUGGCACGAAUCCUUUUCUCUGGUCUUGGGUCCAGAUGAUCCCAUUGAAGCCGUUUUGGGGGACCUCACCACCACGAUCGUGACCAUUUUGGACCAAGAAGCAGCCGGAAGCCUCAUUUUACCAGCUCCUCCUAUAGUGGUUACGCUGUCGGAGUACGACCAUGUGGAAGAAGAAACCACAACAGGAGCUAAGAAGUCGCCAUCUCCAGGCUACCCCCUGGUCUGUGUUACCCCUUGCGACUCUCACUUCCCCAAGUACUCAGUGAUGAAGGAGCGAUGCGGUGAGGCUGGCAUCAACCAGUCCUCCAUACAGUUCAGCUGGGAAGUGGCUACCCCCACUGAUGGAAACGGAGCCAGAUCCCCUUUUGAAACCAUUACGGACAAUACCCCCUUCACCAGCGUCAAUCACAUGGUGCUGGACAGCAUUUACUUCAGCCGGAGAUUCCACGUACGGUGCGUGACCAAAGCCGUGGAUAAAGCCGGCCACGUGGGCACUCCCCUACGGAGUAAUAUAGUCACCAUUGGGACCGACAGCGCCAUCUGCCAUACCCCUGUGGUGGCUGGCACAGCCCGGGGGUUCCAGGCUCAAUCUUUCAUUGCCACCUUGAAAUACCUGGAUGUAAAACACAAGGAACAUCCUAACAGAAUCCACAUCUCGGUGCAAAUUCCACAUCAGGAUGGGAUGCUCCCCCUGAUUUCUACCAGACCUCUGCACAACUUGCAUUUCCUAUUGUCAGAAUCCAUUUAUAGGCACCAGCAUGUCUGUUCCAAUAUAGUCAGCAUCCAAGAUCUUAAAGGCAUUUCGGAAGCUGGAUUUUUAGAUGAAGUGACCUACGAUGAUAUCAUUCUGGGCCCUGGAUAUGACCGGCCAUACCAGUUCGAUCCCAACGUGAGAGAACCAAAGACUAUCCAGUUCUACAAACAUUUGAACCUGAAGAGCUGCAUUUGGACAUUUGACGCGUACUAUGACAUGACGGAGUUAAUUGACGUCUGUGGAGGAUCUGUCACUGCAGAUUUCCAGGUUCGGGAUUCUGCUCAGUCGUUCUUGACAGUCCAUGUCCCGCUGUACGUCUCCUACGUUUACGUAACUGCACCCAGAGGCUGGGCCUCUCUGGAGCAUCACACUGAGAUGGAGUUUUCCUUCUUCUAUGACACCAUUCUCUGGAGAACAGGUAUACAGACGGACAGCGUCCUUUCGGCCAAACUGCAGAUAAUCAGGAUCUACAUCCGAGACGAUGGUCGGCUGGUCAUUGAGUUCAAAACUCACGCCAAGUUCAGAGGGCAUUUCGUGAUGGACCACCACACUCUGCCAAACGCCAAGUCUUUUAUCAUGACCCCUGACCACCUGGGAGGGAUGGAAUUUGACCUACAGCUCUUGUGGAGUGGACAGACUUUUGACUCUCCUUAUCAGCUCUGGAGAGCAACCAGCUCCUACAGCAGGAAAGAUUAUUCCGGAGAAUACACCAUCUCCUUAAUACCAUGUACGGUCCAACCCACACAAUCUUGGGUUGAUCCAGGAGAUAAGCCCUUACCCUGCACUGCUCAUGCUCCAGAAAAAUUUUUGAUCCCAAUUGCCUUUCAGCAGACUAACCGCCCGGUUCCCGUCGUGUACUCCCUGAACACGGAGUUUCAGCUCUGCAAUAAUGAAAAAGUUUUUCUCAUGGACCCAACUAAAACUGAGAUGUCAAUGGCCGAGAUGGACUACAAGGGAGCUUUUUCCAAAGGUCAAAUCCUGUACGGCCGAGUGAUGUGGAACCCAGAGCAAAAUCUCAAUUCCGCCUACAAACUGCAGCUGGAAAAAGUCUACCUCUGCACAGGGAAGGAUGGCUAUGUCCCGUUCUUUGACCCGACGGGCACAAUAUAUAACGAAGGACCCCAAUACGGCUGCAUCCAACCUAGCAAGCACUUGAAGCACAGAUUCCUGCUGCUGGACCGGAGUCAACCAGAAGUGACUGACAAAUACUUUCACGACGUCCCUUUCGAUGCCUAUUUUGCAUCCGAGUUGCCCGAUUUCCACCAGGUCAGCAACUUGCCCGGAGUGGAUGGUUUCAUCAUGAAAGUGGACGCCCUGUAUAAGGUGGAAGCCGGGCACCAGUGGUAUCUUCAAGUGAUCUACGUCAUCGGUCCCGAGAUGAUUGGGGGGUCCCGGAUGCCACGUUCUGUGGUACAUCAUCCGAAGCGCGGCCGCCGAGACCUUGUGGACCACAAAGGUGUCCCUGUUCUGGAUGACUCCUUGAUCUACGACAACGAGGGAGAUCAAAUGAAGAACGGCACUAACAUGAAGUCUCUCAGCCUGGAGCAACAGGAAGCCGUCACCGUGGCGUCUCUUUCUCAGACCGGAGCUUCCAUUGGCAGCGGCUUUGCGGCCGUCCUGCUUCUCGUCCUCGUCCUCUUGUCCAUCUGCUUUGUAACCAGGAAGUGUCGGAAGCACCGGAAGAAGAAGAAGAAGAAGAAGAAGAAAGCGGCCAAAGAAAUCGCAGAGCAGUACCCUCUCAACACGAAAGUCGAGGCGGCCAAGCGGUAUGCCGAGGGCCUGGAGAAGAACGUCAGCGGACAAUACUGCACGGUGAAGAACCUCAACCUCCUCUGUGAAAACGAAGGCGCCUACAAGGUCAGGGGAACAACGAGGGUCAAGCAGAUGAACCUGGAAGUGAAAGUUCAUAACAAUUUACACGACGGGACCGAAGUUUAAUGGCCAGCGCCUUUGGGAAAGGGGGAAGAAAUGUCUUUAUAUAUAUAAAUAUAUAUAUACAUAUAUAUAUAUAUAUAUAUAUAUAUAU